CUAUAGAAAAGAAGAGAGGGAGUUGAUGAGAUAAAACGAUCAGAACGGAGUGUCUCCGCAGUAGUAAGCCAACAUUGCCCAGUCAGAGUCUUCGAGUGGUCCAGAUCGGAGGAAACGAGCGUCAUAGGUCGAUUCAAUCAUGUCUCCAGCAACUUUGUUUGUUUGGUUCUUGGCUGCGGUAUCAAUCAGCCAUUCGGGAGGACGAGCAGAGCUGUUCACUAUCUCAAGCUCACAGUACGCUGUAUCUGACCUUCAAGCGGAGCAUCUCUCAUACGAAUGGACAAUACAAAAUUUGACACUGAUGUCGAAGAAUAAACAAUGUUUCCAAUCACCACACUUUCGCACGGCAAAUAAGUAUCUAACAUGGGGAUUGGAAUUGUGUUCUGACUACAUAGAUUCUAACCGGUAUAAUGGCUACGACAACCGCUAUAACGGAUUCAUCAAGUUAUAUACUUUUCCUUCAAAAGACUCUGAAGAUCUCAUAAUAAGCGGUAGUUUGAAACUAUUAAAUUCAGAAAAUAUAAUAAUUAACGAAGUUUUUAAGAGUCAAUCCGUUGGCCCAGAAAAACCCAUCAAAUAUCCAUAUUCUCUGUCAAAAUCAGAGGUGCGGGUUUCAUCUGACUUUAAUUCUACCGUAACCGUACAUUGUGAAAUAGACAUGCCAUUGAAAGCAAUAUCAAAAGUAAUCGAUGGCGGAAAAUCACAAAAUCAAAAAACGCAGAGAAGUGAAUUGUCUCGUGAUUAUAGUGUACUCUUGAAUCAGGGUAAUUUCAGCGACAUGACAAUUAUCGUUGAAGGUGAAAGAUUAUCGGCGCAUAAAGCAAUACUGAGUGCCCGCAGUCCGGUUUUCGCAACUCUAUUCGACAAUAGUAAAAACGAGACGACUCAAGUUAAAAUUGACAAUACGGAGGUGGCCGUGGUGCGAGCAAUGUUGGAAUACAUCUAUACUGGUGAUGUGGAAAAUCUAAAGGAAUUUCUAUUGAUACAUGAAUUAUUGGCUACCGCUGAUAAGUUCAAACUAUUCGGCUUGAAGAGCAUCUGUGGGGAUAUUCUUUCCAAAAAUUUGAAUGCGGAAAAUGUGGCAGAUGUCAUGGUGCUCAGUGACGUCCACGGAAUAGAUCAACUGAAAAAGCUAACCAUUGAAUUCAUAAAAAAACAUUUCGAGGACGUGAUGGUGACCGAGGGGUAUAAAAAAUUGAAAGAGAAAUCUCCGGCACUGUUGAUGGAGAUUCUCUUUUCCUCUGAUAAGCGUUUUUAAGUUAUAUUGCUAAUAUAAUAUCAAUUGUUUCAUUUUUUCAUAAUAUUGGAUUCAUCUUCUCAGAGCUGAUGAUUAUUUUAAUUACUUGGUUACAUAUUCAAGCAGAUUAAAUGCGGCGCGGAGAUAAAAUGGGAAAAUAGACUUCUCUUAUCUAGACAGGGGUCAGGAGUGAUGAUGAGAUAUCAUGAAAGACAUCAUAGAAAUGGAAAUAAACUGAUGUUUAUGGCAUUAUCAAUAGGUUGUGAGUCAUGAGUCUUAAUGUUUUAUAUUUUUUUAAUGAAUUCUGUGGUUCUGUCGCUGAAGCUUCGAUUUUCUUAGGUCUUCAGAUUUACUCAGAAAUUUGUACCUCUUGAAAAUUUUAAAGCAAUAAAAUAUGAGUUCUCAAAUA